CCUGCUCCUCCUCCUCCUCCUCCCUCUGUCCUUCCUCUCCUCCACGCCGCCGCCGCUCAGGGAGCCAUCGUCAUCCCCAAAGACUUGUCCCAGCCUCCGGUCCUGACAGUGAUGCCGGAGUCGUACACAGCCUUCUCUCAGGAGGACGUCUAUCUGCCCUGUGAGGCCUCCGGUAACCCGCCACCCACUUUCCGCUGGAUGAAGGACGGCGAGGCGUUCGGCCCUGAGAGCACAGAGUCCGGGACGCUGAGGGCCGAAGACGAGGAGCCCAUCGAAUCGUUCGAGGGCUACUACCGCUGCUACGCCUCCAACAUGCUGGGGACCGCCGUCACAAAGACCAUCCAGGUCAUCGUGGAGGCUCAACCAGUUCUUCUGAAGCAAGAGAAGGUUUAUAAGAAAGCUCACGAGGGAGACAGCAUCAUCCUGUCCUGUAGCCCUCCUCAGAGCUCCACUCCUCCACACAUCCACUGGAUGGACAGGAGGAUGGUGCACAUCAAGCAGAACGACAGAGUGAUGGUCGGCCUGGACGGGAACUUGUACUUUUCUAAUCUGCUGAAGAGCGACAGCAGAGACGACUACAUCUGCAACGCCCAGUACACGGCGGCCAGGACGGUCCUCCCCAGUACGGCCGUCAGCCUCACUGUCAUGUCCAGUAAUGAUGUCAGUCAUGCCAGGAAGCCCCACCUCUUCCGUCCCAUUGGCUCCCACACGGCUGUGUCGGCCCUCAGGCAUCAGAGCGUCACCUUAGAAUGUAUCCCCAAAGGCCUACCGACGCCAAAGGUGGAGUGGAAAAAGAAGGACGGAAACCUGGAAGAGACGACCGGCCGAGUGGAGUCCCACGACCGCUGGCUCUACUUCGACAAAAUCACGCAGAACGACGAUGGCGAGUACGAGUGCAGGGCCUUCAACAUCCACGGCUCCACCUCGCACUCCUUCACUCUCACCGUGGAAGCGUCUCCUUUCUGGGUGAAGGAGCCUCAGAACCUGCUCUACUCUCCCGGGGAAACAGUUCGACUGGACUGUCAGGCUGAAGGCAUCCCGACGCCCGCCAUCACCUGGAGCAUCAACGGUCAGCCCGUCUCAGAUGUGGAUGAGGAUCCUCGUCGGACCGUGUCGGGUGGAGUGUUGAUACUGAGGGACGUUGAGUUUGCUGACACCGCCGUGUAUCAGUGCGAGGCCACCAACAAACACGGCUCCAUCCUCCUCAACACCUACCUCUACGUCGUCGAGCUGCCUCCUCAGAUCCUGUCCUCUGAUGGAGUGGUGUACAGAGUCAUCGAGGGCGGAGACAUCACGCUGCACUGUGAAACCUUCGGCUCGCCACGGCCGCACGUCACAUGGGAGGGCGAGGAGCGGCUUCCUCUGCUGUCGGACCCUCGCGUCGCCCUGCUGACCAACGGCUCCAUCACGCUGUCCGGCGUCGACCACCAAGACAAAGGAGAGUACACCUGCACCAUCAAACACACCAACAUCUCCGUCACUGCUCACCUGGAAGUCUUCAAUCGCACCGUGAUCCUGACGAGCCCGCAGGAAGUGAGAACGCUCAGAGGAACCAGCGCUCUGCUGGACUGUCGGUUCUACAGAGACCCUCAGCUGCUCAAGUACCAGAUCGUCUGGAGGAAAGACGGACAUAAGCUGCAGGAGUCGUCUCCAGAUGACAAGUACACGUUCUUUAGGAAUGGCACCCUGAAAGUGUCGGACAUCCAACCAGACGACAGCGCUUCUUAUUCCUGUGAGGUCUUCACUGACCUCGACGACGUAACGGCCAGUGGCUCCAUCACCGUCGUAGCGCGACCGGACCCUCCAAAGGAUCUGUCUCUGUCUGAGGUUCAGGACCGCAGCAUCACUCUCAGCUGGAUCCCAGGACACUCACACAACAGCCCCACCACAGAGUUCAUCGUGGAGGUCAGGGAGGAGCAGCACAGAGAGGAGAAGCAUUGGAACUGGGAGAAGUUGAAGAGCGUUCCUGGUGACUUCAACCACGUGGAGCUGACCCUUGACCCCUACUGCACCUACCGCUUCAGGGUCAUCGCCGUCAACGAGAUCGGCCUCAGCGACCCCAGCAGACCCUCGGGAAACUACAGCACGCCGCCAGCCGUUCCGGGGAUGAACCCCCGCGGUGUCCGCAGCGACUCCACCGACCCAAAGACGCUGAUCAUCACAUGGGAUGAGAUGGACAAGCGCUCCCACUACGGCGUGGGCUUCCAGUACAAGGUGUUUUGGCGGAAGGCUGGAGGGACGAACGUCCACUGGAACCACGCCGACGUCCAGUCUCCUCCGUUCAUGGUGAACAACACGGGAACGUACACGCCCUUUGAGAUCAAAGUCCAGGCGGUGAACUCUGUGGGAGAUGGACCGGCACCGGUACCGGAGGUCGGACACUCGGGAGAGGAAGAGCCGGAGGAAGCUCCCACCGGAGUCACAACCACCGUGAUGAACAGCACAGUCAGAGUCCAGUGGAACGAAGCCCAGAACGUCAGAGGUCUGCUGCUGGGAUACAAGAUCUACGUCAGGAGGUUGGGUCCACGAAGCAGUCGGGUCCGGAGGUCUUUCUUCAAUCUGCACAGGGAGAAAGAGAGAUCGGAGCGAGGGAAGGAGAGAGAGAGGGAGAUGAAGCAGGAAAUAAACAGCAGCGGCAACAAGACCUCAAAGGAUCUGAUGGGUCUGCAGAUGUACUCUAACUAUGAGCUGUCCAUCAGCACCUUAAACAGCAAAGGGGAGAGCCCUCAGUCCCCCCCGCACCACUUCAGCACCCCGGAGGGAGUGCCUGAUCCUCCUGCAUCGCUGAGGUUUGAUAGUCCCUCAGAGAAAUCCCUGAUCCUCUACUGGACCCCUCCAGUUCAAACCAAUGGCAUCCUGCUGGGAUACAUACUCCAGUAUCAAAAGGAGGUGGAGAGCAGAGACAGCGAGCUGAAGAUAGAUACAAUCGACGACCCCGAUAAGACCCACUAUGAGUUGGACACUCUGGACCCCAGCAGCCAUUACAUCUUCAAAGUGAUCGCUCGCACCGCCACCGGAGCCGGACCCCCCAUCACGCGGAGGGGCGCCACCCUGCUGGAAGGAGUUCCUCCGUCCCACGUCAGCAUAGUUUCCAGCAACACGUCGCUCAACCUGAGCUGGGUGCCGGGAGAGCGAGACAGGAACCACGGCUUCAUCAUCCGCUACCUCCGGAAGAGUCUCGGGGGCGAGUGGACGGACUCGGAGGUGGUGAACUCCACGCAGGGUUUCUAUUCGCUGACGGGCCUCCAGCCAGGAUCUGAGUACCACCUCAUGAUCAAACACGGGAACAACACUCAGUGGGAAAAUAUGACGAGGACCAUCGGACCAGUGCCGUCGCUGAUACGCGAUGGGUUCGCCGCCCAAGGCUGGUUGAUAGGACUCAUCAGCGCCAUCUUGCUGCUGGUGCUGAUCCUGCUCAUCCUCUGCCUCAUCAAACGAAGCAAGGGCGGCAAAUACGCAGUGAAAGACAAAGAAGACAAGGAGGUGGACUCUGAAGCCCGGCCCAUGAAAGAUGAGACCUUUGGAGAGUACAGCGAUGCGGAUGAGAAGCGUUCGGACAGCCAGCCGUCUCUGUGCGGUGAGAGUAAGAUGGGCAGCGACGACUCCCUGGCCGAGUACGGAGACAGCGUGGACAUCCAGUUCAACGAGGACGGCUCCUUCAUCGGCCAGUACAGCAACCGGGCCCCCCGCCCCCACGGCAACGAGAGCUCCGGCCCCGUCCCCGUCAACGCCGUCCCGCCUCCCCCCGCUCCAUCCAUGACGAGCAUCAUCAACCGGCCCAGCUAGACACACACACACACACACACAC